AUGCCGGCACCCUCGCUUCUCAGUAUGGCUUCGGCCAUGGCUGUCCGCUUCGUGAAACACAUGGAUGACCUAGGGGCCCUGCCAUACACACUGGCCCGUCCCAUACUGAUGAAUGUUCACAAUCCCGAGAAACUGCACACCUUCGAAAUCGCAUCCCCUCAUCUCGCCAAAGAAGAUGGAGAAAUAUGGCUGGAACUUAUCAAGCGCGACAUACCCAAUUGGCAUGAAUACCAAAUGCCAGAAGAGACUGACAAUUGGUAUGGGGUGUACUGUGAUCUCCGCGACCAGGUUCAAAAAGAUCUCGAGGCCGAUGCGGAAAAGAUGAAGACGGCGAUCGACGGCAUCAGCGCCAAACGUGCACUUCUCACUCCUAAGAUCAUCCCCGAGAAUACGAGCAAGCGCAUGGCCGGUGCUCGACCUACCGCGAAACAACGCAGAGUUGCCUUUCUCCGCAGACAGGACGCUACCAAAACCUCAUAUGGCCCUCCAAGACCAGAUACUUCAAAGAAGAGGUCUAUUUUCCAGUCGGCGAAGAUCAGUUCCGCACUCACAAUGCCGACCAAAGCCCUGCACAACCGUGCAUCGCAGAUCAAGCGUGCGCCUAUUGCCCUAGUUGAGGAGCAUCGACGCCCCGUCCCGCCUUCGACACCAGCGCCACCCUCAAAGGCUCCAGCUCCAUCGACGUCGCAAGCUCCCCCUCAACGCAUCAUCAGGCGCCCCGGUAUGCUGCCACCUUCACUCCAGCACCCUAUGCUGGCGCAGACCGGGGCUACCCCCCGCCCCAUCCAUAAGGUCACCAUCGACGCACGUCGCGCCUCAUCUAGUCCCGGCAGCUCGAGCAACGUAUCCGCUACCAAGAAGCCGGUCACUGCAUCCACCAAUCCGGGAUUUAAGGACGGCGCUGACUCCCAUCUACUUCCUCCCGCGCCUACCGCAAAGCCCUCACCUUCUACUCACCCCGCCCCUACUGCAAAGUCCUCACCUUCUACUCACCUCCCCCAUUCCCCUUCCCCACAUCCGCCGACCCCCGGAUCAUCUGCGUCACCCGUUCAACGCGUCAUUCGUCGACGCGCGCCACCGAGCAUCUUCAUGCCGUCGAAGCGCCGUCGUGUUUGA